AUGGAGCAGCUCGGAGUGACUUGCACAGAGGAGUUCAUCGACCUCUCCGUCGGGUACUCCCUCGACAUCCUCAUGCCCUCCCUCGGCUGCGCGCUGGAGGUCGACGGGCCCUUCCACUUCCUCCUCAACUCCUACGAGCGGUCUGGCAGCACCAAGAUGAAGCACCGGCACCUGGAGCAGAUCGGCUACAAGUUCCAUGCCAUCCCCUUCUGGGAGUGGCCCAAGGUCGGCCCGUCUGAGGAGAAGUUAGCAUACCUCCGCCAG